AGAGCUGGAAGACGAGCUGGAAGACGAGCUGGGCGAGCGACUGCUCACCGCGAGCGUAUCCGGUGAGAGUUCUGUCAUCGAUGACAGUUACGAGGUCUCAGAGCUUGCCGAGAUCGUCAACUUCUUCAACGUGAUGACCGCUGAUCUUGACCGAACUUCUACUUCCGGCCAAUUCCCCUUAGCGGAUGCAGGAAUGGAUGAGUGGGUAGCAAAGGAAGCACCAAAAGCAAAGCUGAACAUGGGAAUCGCCGUGUACGGUUUUGACACCAACAACGCCAAUCCAAAGAUCUGGGCCAAAUACCAGGUCUGCGUUGCCCCGUUGCUUCCGCCCACGGUUGUCAUCGACAGCGAUCUGACCAUCGACGACAAGGCCCAGCACGUCGUGACUCACAACUUUGGAGGAGCCUACGUGACUUCUCUGGAACUGGAUGACUUCGCUGGAGGCACCUGCGUUCCGGGGAACUAUCCUGUCUUCCGGCGUAUCAAGGCCAUAAUCUCGAAUUAGAAAGCGACGAUCGCGCGCACGAGGGUGAAGGCGACUCUCCUGCCCUCUCGCAAAUCCCCCUUCGCUUACUUGGGACGCGGGCCCCCGCUUGAGACUUGGCCGGUCUCAGCCCCCACGCUCGUCAUCGCAAUUUGACAAAAUGUACAAAAACGCCGAGGAACAACGCGCGGCGUUAAAAAGAGACGCAAUGACCAAAUUUGGGAUGGAGAGCAGAUGAAGAUUUAAAAAAAAAAGUCACCUCAAGAAAAGGAUCACUCGCAAAAAUUCUGUUGCAGCAAUGAGGACGAAAUAAGAAAAUUUGCAUGAUUGCAGAUGCGAUUUCUCAAAUGUGAAGAACUGAAGAAACUCGGCAGUAUGAGCUGAGUCUUUCCAAAAAGUCUCGAAAAACGGUUAUGUCAUCCCAAAAGCAUGAAAGGAUGACGAAGCUUCGCUCCAAUUUGUACGAAUCCGAUUUUGCCCAACACCGAAUUGUUUGCUCUUUAAACAUUUUGCUCUCAAUGGAGGCUUUGUCAGCAGCCGGCGAUGACACGAGACGUAUCUGGUGUGCCACUCUCUUUUCCUUGCUCAACAAAAGCAAUAAAAUGUGUCAAGAGAC